CGCUCGUCUGAGAUACACAACGUGCUCACGUUUCCGACUACGAUGUUAUGAGUAACAGAUCCACUUUCAAAAAAUUAAAAGGCACUUAGCGCCGUUUUCCAAUUUAAAAAUACGGGUAGUGAUGUGAACACAACAGUGAAGGUUUUCGUUAUUUAUCAAGCAAAAUGGGGGAUAAGAUGGAAGCUCUUGAGGUGGAGGAGGAUCUGUUGCAGAAGCCCGAACGUGUACCAAGGGUGGGAAAGUCAGGGGAGCACGCUACAGGAAAAAAGAAGGUCCCCAUCCGAGUAUGGAUCGGAUUGAUGGUUUUCUUGACGACAUACGUCAACUACACCAUGCGCUCGAACAUGUCCAUAGCGAUAGUGUCAAUGGUAACGGCGCAGAAAGGAAGGGUAUUCCCGGAAUGCAAAGAAAGGGAAAUGGAAGCUACACGGCUGCCGGGACUAACCACUACUAUGCAAUCGAAUGAUACUAAUAUCACCAUCACAACAACGGAAAGACCUGAACUGCCGAAUUACGGUCCUCGUUAUGACUGGGACCAAUAUACGCAGUCGGCCAUCCUAGGCAGCUACUUCUAUGGCUACAUCUUUUCCUCAUUGCCUGGUGGGAUAAUAGCAGAAAGAUACGGCCCGUUCGCCGUCCUGUUCUGGACCCACUUGAUCAGUGCCGUCUUCAACUCGGCUUGCGAGUUUGCUGCUUGGGUACACUACAGCUUGCUGAUGUUCUGCAGGAUUGUCUUAGGACUUAUGGCGGGUCUUUGUUAUCCAGCGUUGCAAUGCCUGAUUGCACGCUGGGCACCACCAUCCGAGAAAGGAAAAUUCGUGUCCUGCUUGAUGGGCAACACCUUGGGCACAUGCAUAACUUGGCCGCUAGUGGGCGCUGUUACCCAGGCUGUCGGUUGGGGUUGGGGAUUCCACGUCAUCAGCGCUCAGGUGCUCGUCUAUUGCGUCAUUUUCUACUUCGUCGCUGCGAACAGCCCAGAAGAUCACAAGUGGAUCACGGAAGAAGAGAAAAAUUACAUUAAGGAAUCCCAGGGCGGGAACGUCUCCAAAAAAAGGGCAACACCUCCAUACAAAAAGAUGUUCACUUCAAUGCCGUUUUGGAUAUUGAACAUCCUACAUUUCGGUAACUUGUGGGGUCUGUACCUGCAGAUCACUAACGCUCCUAAAUAUAUCGCUGAAGUGGUAGGCUUCAAUUUGAGAGAUUCCGGAGGCUUGGCCGCAAUGCCUCAUCUUACGCGAAUGUUCAUGGGAUUGGCUUAUGGGAACAUCGGCGAUUUUUGCAAGAAAAAGGGGCUGCCAACCAAAUUCAUCAGGAAGUUCUUCGUCAUAUUUUCUCACAUCAUCCCAGGCAUUCUGCUGAUAGGAAUACCAUUUGUCGAAUGUCAGCCCACCAUAGUAGUGGCGCUGCUGAUCACGAGCAUGGGCGUUAACGGUGCUGCCGUGCUGACAAAUCUGCAAAACCCUCAGGAUCUGGCGCCUAAUUUCGCAGGGUCGAUAUUCGGAAUCAUCAGUUUUAUUGGAGGGACGACUGGAUUCAUUGUGCCCGCCAUUACUGGUGCUUUCAUCAACCAUGGAAAUACAAUCGCGAACUGGACGUGGGCAUGGGUAAUUGGCGGUUGUAUGUACAUCAGCAGUGGUUUAAUUUUCAUCCUGUUUGGCUCCACAAAACAACAAGAAUGGAACAAGAAGAAAGAGGACGACGACGCUUGAAAGCUUUGGUCGCUUGUGUUCAAUGAACUUUAUUUCCGUACCUGUGAUUUGUGUCAUAAACUGUCUCUGAUAAUAAUUGAUGUGAUCAUCGUAUCGUCACGUUGUCUUAUAGAUGUAUUUGAGUGUAAAACUGUGUAAACUUAUAUAUUUUUAAAACACCUUUUAUUUCCUACACGUAAGCAAUGAAAAUAUGUUUCUUGGACAUAUAUAUUUUGAGAUGAAAAAAAA